AUGAGGUGGGCUGUGCUGGGCACCGGGCAAAUCGCUCAUGAUUUCACCAUCGCCAUGCUGGCAGCGCCGAAGGAGCAAAUCGUCGCCGUUGCUUCGCGGGCCCUCGAGCGCUCCAAGGAGUUUGCGGAGAAGCACAACGUCCCCAAGGCCUACGGCUCCUACGACGAGGCGCUGGAGGACCCCGAGGUGGACAUUGUUUACGUGGCGGCGGCCACGUCCUGCCACGUGCAGCUGGCAUGCGCAGCCUUGGGCAAGAAGAAGCCGGUCUUGGUGGAGAAGCCGGCAGGAGUCAAUGCCCGGGAGGUACGGCAGUUGCUGGAGACCGCCCAAAAGAACGACACCUUCCUCAUGGAAGGCGUGUGGAUGCACUUUUUCCCCGUGGUCAGGGCCUUGUCAGAUGCCAUGAAGAGGGGCGACAUUGGUGACAUCACCAGCGUCCACGCUUCCUUUGGCUGGAUGAACCCGGUGGAUGUGAACCCUGGAGUGGAGGACGUGACGCAAGGUGGCGGGGGGCUGCUGGCUGUGGGCAUCUAUUUGAUUCACCUGGCAAUGCUGGCCUUCAACGGCGCGAAGCCCGAGAAGGUCGAGGCGGUCGGAGAGCUCGGGCCCAAGGGCGGCGACGUGCGGACCUCCAUGGUGCUGGGCUGGUCGGGCGGGCGCCAGGCGAUGCUGGCCGUGUCGCUGCGCGACAACUACGCGGGGUCUGCGGUGAUUUACGGGACCAAGGCCAAGAUCAGUAUCCCGUUCCCGUUCCUGUGCCCCACAAGUGCCACAGUCGAGCCUUACGAUCCCAAGGAGAUGCCCACCUCUAUUUCCGAGGGCCUCCCCUGCGCAGAGGCGACCACCAACGCUGCGGGCGAACUCAUCAGCAACAAGUUUAAUCUGAUCAAUAGCGCCGGGCUCGCCUAUGAGGCCAACAGGGUCGCUGCUGAUGUUUCCCAGGGUAAGAAAGAGAACGAGCAUGUUUCUCACGAGCUUUCACUGGCAGUUAUCGAGGUUAUGGACAAAGUCAGGGAGAAGAUCGGACUUUGCUACCCAGCCGACAAGUACUAA